UUUAUUCUUGUAAUAUUAUUCGAUCCACACUCACUAGUAAUCAUUAUGUUUUUGUAUCUCCUAUGUUUAUGCUUGAGUUUGGUGGGGUUAGGUGCUCCUGCUAGAGAAAUACCCAGUUACAUUCACAUCUGCAAAAGGUCAGAUCCACGAGUAGCAAGAUGUAUAAGAGAAUCCGUGGAAUAUUUGCUACCACAACUGAAAAAUGGUAUCCCAGAACUCCAAGUACCAUCACUGGAACCACUGCACAUUGACGAAAUAACAAUUUUCGGAGGAGAUGUGCCAUCAAAUCUCAAAGCUUUCUUGAGAAAUGUAAAAGUCCACGGAGCCAGCAAUUUUCAGAUAACAAAAAUUAAGUUAAAUAUUGACAAAAACACGUAUCGUGUGGGUGUAAAAUUCCCGAAGAUGGUCUUCGAUGGAGAUUACGACGUUGACGCAAGAAUUCUUGUGACUCCUAUUAAAGGCACAGGCAAAUUUACUGCUGAUAUUACGGAUGUAGAUGGUCAGGCAGUUUUGAAGGGCGAAAUUAUUCAGCACAACGGACACCGUGAGAUUAAGUUUAGUUCCUUUGACUUUGCAAUUAAGAUUGGUGAUUAUAAUCUUCACCUUGAAAACCUCUUUAAUGGAGAUGAAGUUCUGAGUAAAGCUAUAACUGAUGUCAUACAUGAAAAUAAGGGUGAAAUGAUUCAAGCCGCCCUCCCCUUCAUCCAGAGGAAAGCUGCGGAGAUUCUGUUGGAAGCUGCUAACAAGAUUACUGAUGGCUUAGACUAUGACGAAGUUUUUCCAGAUAAAUAAAAAUUUAAAUGUACAAAACGUGCUGUGAUCUUAUAAAAAUAAUGUAAUAGUAAUUUGUACUUUUUGUAAAGAAACACAAACAUAUUACACCGCUAACACAUUAAGUUUAGAAUAAACUUUUUUUUUUAA